CUGAUAACAAGAUGCUGCGCUACUGGGGUGAGAUCCCAAUUUCUUCCAGCCAGGCCAACCGCAGCUCCUUUGACUUGCUUCAGAGAGAGUUUCGAACCGUGGAGGUCCAGGAUCCACCUCUGCAUCAGCCUUCAGCUAACAAGCCCAGGCCCACUACGAUGCUGGACAUUCCCUCGGAACCCUGUAGCCUAACUACUCACACUAUCCAGCUGAUCCAGCACAAUCGAAGGCUGCGGAGCCUUAUUGCCACAGCUCAGGCUCAGAACCAACAGCAAGUGGAGGGCAUAAAGAUGGAAGAAAGUGAGCCUUUGCCGACCUGCCCUGGCUCCCCACCUCCUCCUGACGACUUGCUUCCGCUUGAUAGCAAAACGCCCAGGAUGCCGUUUCAUUUGAGGCACAGUGAUCCAGAAAGUGACUUUUACAGAGGCAAAGGAGAGCCAGUAAUGGAGUUAAGUUGGACUUCUUGCCGCCAGCUUCUCUACCAAUCCAUAGCUACCAUUUUGGCUCAUGCAGGCUUUGAAUGCGCCAACGAGAGCGUCUUAGAGACUCUGACAGACAUUGCUCAUGAGUACUGCUUGAAGUUUACAAAGCUGUUGCGUUCUGCAGUGGACCGAGAAGCCCGGCUUGGGCAGACCCCUUUCCCAGAUGUCAUGGAACAGGUCUUCCAUGAAGUGGGCAUUGGAAGUGUGCUCUCUCUGCAGAGCUUCUGGCAGCACCGGAUUAAAGAUUAUCACAGCCAUGUGCUACAGAUCAGUAAGCAACUCUCUGAAGAGUAUGAAAAGCUUGUGAAUCCUGAGAAGGCAGCUGAAGAUAUGAAACCUGUGAAGAUCAAGGAAGAGCCGGUCAGUGACAUCACUUUUCCCAUGAGUGAAGAGCUGGAAGGGGAUUUAGCCUCUGGGGAUCAGUCUUUGCCUGUUGGAGUUCUUGGAGCACAAAGUGAGCGUUUCUCAGCCAACCUGGAAGCGGAGACAUCCCCACAGACAUCAGGUGGUGAGGUGAAUACUUCCCCUCUUUGGAAUUUGGCCCCAGUGAAAAUGGAGCCACAGGAGAGUGAGGAAGGCGCCGUCCAUGGCCACCAUGGAGUCCUGGGCAGUGAUGUGUUUGAGGAACCCAUGUCGGGCAUGAGUGAAGCAGGCAGACCGCAGAGCCCAAACGGCUCCGAAAGCAGCUAUGGUUCUCAUUCUCCAGAUAGCUUGAUGGGAUCUUCACCAGUUUUCAAUCAACGCAGCAAGAAGAAGAUGAAGAAGAUGUGAACUUGGAUCUGUGGGUGAUGACAGAGGGGAAUGCUUUUGCAAAGUAUCUGGUAGAACUUAGACUGCUGAUCAACAAGAAGAGUUAUUAUUUAGCAGAGAUGUUUUGGAUUUCCUUAUAGCUCAAAGCCUUUACUAUCCUUCUGUCUGUCCUUCCUAAUAAUUUGGAAGAGCACAGAGACAAACUGAGGUGACUUGCUGAGACAAGGGGGUAACUCUUUCUUAAAGCCAACUGUAGUGGUAAAAUGUAUAUACAUUUCAAAAAAAAUAUAUGAUGUGGACUAUAUUGAUUUUUGUAUUUCUAAUGCCAUAUGUUUAUAUUUCAGAAGAUUACAUACUCUGGUACCAUCUUUUUGUUUACUUUUUGUUUAAUGACUAUGUAAGGCUACUGUUGGUAUAUGUAUUGUUUCCAACAAAUGGAACAAAAGUGUAUUUUCAUUGUGAAUGCAAUCAAAACAUACAUAUAUGACAUCCCAUUUUUAAAACAAACUUUAGACAAACUUCAAACAAGGUAUAUUAAGUGGUUUACUGAGAAAAUCUCCAUUCUAUGUUUAUUACACAAUUUUAUUAUAUGAUUCUUGUUUAUCGUGCAAUCCUGGUUUGUAUAAUUGUUGGCUAUUUGUGGAAAGCAACUUGAUUUUAUAAUAUUUGCAUAUUUAAAAUGUUCAGCUAGUCAUGUGAAAAGACAGUAAACUGCAGGGAAUUGAAAUGCUGUCCUAAAUACUGGAAAUGUUUUUUUUUUUCUCAUGCAAUUGCAUAGAAUUGCAAAACUGCAUAUAUGUCUGUUUCAACGGAAUGGCCUCCUUGCUUCUAGUACCUAUUUAGUCGGUGCUUACAGUAUUUAAGAUAUUGAUUGUCCAUUGCUGAGAGUUAGCUUUGAAAGAUAAAACCCUGGAGGAUUUCAGGGAUGAUUUACUUUUAUUUCUUUUCAUUCUAUUCCCAUUUUGUCUACUCUUCCUGGAAACAGAUUCCUGUUGGUUUGUUAUGUUAAUGUUGAGGUUCUUUUAAACUGUUUUUUUUUUUAAUUCAGAAAGGAGACAUGCUACAUGUUUAAUCAUUUUCAAAGUCAAUAUUUUCACAUGCCAUUGAAUUCCAUUGUUGGAAACAAUGCGGAGCAGGCAUUUUAAAAGUAUGCACAUAAAUACUCAUGAAGUACUUUGGCCACAUAAUGACAAGACAGGAAAGUUUGGAGAAAACAAUGAUGCUGGGGGAAAUGGAAGAAAAAAGGAAGAGGGGCCGACCAAGGGCAAGUUGGAUGGAUAGUAUCUUUGAAGUGAUUGGCUUGACUUUGAAAGAACUGGGGGUAGUCACAGCCAACAGUGAGCUUUGGCGUGGGCUGGUCCAUGAGGUCACGAAGAGUCGGAAGCAACUGAACGAAUAUACAAGAACAAAUCCUCAUUUAAACAUUAUUCAGUGUGCUUGAUAAUAAACAACCUAAUGUGAUCUCAAGCACCAUGGAGAAUUUCAUAUUAUCUAUCUUAUCUCCACUUGUGUUUUAGAACCAGAGUGUCAACUUAUUUUGGAAAUAGGGCAAGAGGUCUCACCCUACUACACAUAUUUAUAGUGUUAAAGUAAUUGUACAAAUGUGUUUAUAGCUAUGUAGACCAUUGCAUAUCUGUAAUAAAUUGUUGGGUACCUUCACAUAGGCCCCUUCCACACAGCUGAAUAAAAUCCCACAUUAUCUGCUUUGAACUGGAAUAUAUGGCAGUGUGGACUCAGAAAUCCCAGUUCAAGGCAGAUAUUGUGGGAUUUUCUGCCUUGAUAUUCUAGGUUAUUUGGCUGUGAGGAAGGGCCCAUGGUUUCUGACUCAUGGUGAUCCUAAGGCAAAGUUAUCAUGGGGUUUCUUUGGCAAGAUUUAUUCAGAGAAGUUUGCCCUUUCCUCCUCUGAGACUGAAAGAGUGUGAUUUGCACAAGGCCUUCCAUGGAGGGCCAGGGUUUCAAACUUUGGUCUCCCAGGGCCCUUCCACACAGCCCUCUAUCCCAGAAUAUCAAGGCAGAGAAUCCCACAUUAUUUGAGUGCGGACUCAGGUAACCCAGUUCAAAGCAGAUAUUGUGGGAUUUUCUGCCUUGAUAUUUUGGGAAAUAGGGCUGUGUGGAAGGGCCCUGGGUUAUCUGAGUCUACACUGAGGUAAUGUGGGAUUUUCUGCCUUGAUAUUUUGGGAUAUAGGGUAUCAUAGAUGUAGGGCAUCAUAGCAUAUCGGUUCCUGUAAUAUAUAUGUAUACAAAAAGGGUUAUGGGGAUAGUCAGCGAACACAUUUCUCUUGAGCCAAAAAUAACCUUAUAAUAAACUUAGGGUGCUGGGUAUAUUUAUCUUGGGGAAGAAAGUGUUAAGAGGGGACAUGACAGCCAAGCAUUUGAAAGGAUGCCAUUUUGUGGAGGAAGUAGACUUGUUUUCAGCACCUCCAGAGACUAACAUAGAUCAACUACUUCUAUCAACAGGAAAAGAGAUUCCACUUAAACAUUAGCGAUAACUUCUUUGUGUUUAUUGCUGUUCAGCAGUGGAAUAUGCUGCUUAGAGUGUGAUGGAGUCGUCUUCAUUUGGGGCCUGUGGAGUCUACCAAAAACUCAUUCCUUCUGUUAAUAUUUUUGACAAGACAAUUUAUGUCCUGGCAUCACUGUAUUCCUGAAACAGUUGACUCUCAGUGUUGCUUUUUCAAAUGUGUCUACUUUUUUUUGCUUGAGAUAUUGCAUUGCCUUUUGCAAAAUAUACAGUUUCUUUAAAAUA